UCCCUUUGUAAGAUUUGCCGCGGGGAGUGAAGUGUGAAGUUUCGCUCGCUGGAUGAAUCCCUCUAUCCAUUUCAAAACACAAGCCCCCGCCUUUUGAGAGAGAAACCCCAUUUUCAUAUAGAUCCGCCCUAACUCACUCCAUAGACUAUUAACUUUCCAGAAACCAAGCAAAAAUGCCGCGAGAGAUAAUCACUUUGCAAGUUGGACAAUGCGGGAACCAGAUCGGAAUGGAAUUCUGGAAGCAGCUAUGCCUCGAACACGGCAUCAGCAAAGACGGUAUUCUUGAAGAUUUCGCCACCCAGGGGGGUGACAGGAAAGAUGUUUUCUUCUACCAAGCAGAUGAUCAGCACUACGUACCACGAGCUUUAUUGAUUGAUUUGGAGCCUAGGGUCAUUAAUGGGAUUCAGAAUGGUGAUUAUAAGAAUCUCUACAAUCAUGAGAAUAUUUUUCUUUCAGAUCAUGGAGGAGGUGCUGGGAACAACUGGGCCAGUGGCUAUGACCAGGGAAAAGGUGUUGAGGAGGAUAUCAUGGACAUGAUUGACAGAGAAGCUGAUGGAAGUGAUAGUCUUGAGGGCUUUGUUUUAUGCCAUUCAAUUGCUGGAGGGACUGGUUCUGGUAUGGGUUCUUACUUGUUGGAGACUCUGAAUGAUCGAUACAGCAAAAAGCUUAUACAAACAUACAGUGUAUUCCCUAAUCAGAUGGAGACUAGUGAUGUGGUGGUCCAGCCUUACAACUCACUACUAACGCUUAAACGUCUCACUUUAAAUGCUGACUGUGUUGUUGUCCUUGACAACACUGCACUCAACAGAAUUGCUGUGGAGCGCCUUCAUCUUUCAAAUCCUACAUUUGCUCAAACCAAUUCAUUGGUUUCAACUGUAAUGUCUGCUAGCACAACCACCCUGCGCUAUCCUGGUUACAUGAAUAACGACUUGGUUGGCCUUCUUGCCUCCUUAGUUCCCACACCAAGAUGUCAUUUUCUAAUGACAGGUUAUACGCCACUUACAGUGGAGAGACAGGCUAAUAUGAUUCGUAAAACUACUGUCUUGGAUGUUAUGAGGAGACUUCUCCAGACAAAGAACAUAAUGGUAUCUUCGUAUGCUCGAACAAAAGAGGCAAGCCAGGCAAAAUACAUAUCAAUUUUGAAUAUUAUUCAAGGGGAAGUAGAUCCUACUCAGGUCCAUGAAAGUUUACAGAGAAUACGUGAAAGAAAACUUGUCAAUUUUAUUGAAUGGGGCCCAGCAAGUAUUCAGGUCGCACUGUCCAGGAAAUCUCCUUAUGUUCAAACAUCUCAUAGGGUGAGUGGUCUGAUGUUGGCAAGUCAUACUAGCAUUCGGCACCUCUUCAGCAAGUGCCUGAGUCAAUAUGAGAAGUUGAGGAAAAGGCAAGCCUUUAUUGACAGUUAUAGGAACUUCCCAAUGUUUGAGGACAAUGAUCUGUCCGAGUUUGAUGAAUCAAGAGACGUACUAAUGAGCCUGGUUGACGAGUAUAAAGCAUGCGAAUCUCCGGAUUAUAUAAAAUGGGGAGUGGAAGAUCCAGGACAUACACUUACUGGAGAAGGCAGUGAUAGUGGAACAAUUAAUCCAAACUAGGCCUUGUAAAUUUAAACCACCACCACCCCCUAAGUAUGUCUUUUGGAGAUUUUGUGCAUAUAUGUUUGGGCUUUGAUUGUCACCUUGUACUAGUGGAAUUUAAAGAUGUUUUUGUUUUGUUUUGUUUGUUUGUUUGUUUGUUUUACAAAUUAUUGUAUGGACUUUGAAGAGUUGUUUUGA